AUGUCCGAUGGCAGUACCCACAAGGUCCAGAGCUCCCGAAAGCCACAUCCCACCUUUCACUUCUUGGCCGGCUUGACUUCUGGCGUCUCGAGCGCCGUCCUGCUGCAGCCAGCCGACCUGCUCAAGACUCGAGUCCAGCAAUCUCACUCCUCGUCGCUCCUGACGGUCCUUCGAUCGAUCCUCUCCGGCCCGCACCCCGUGACCAGCCUCUGGCGGGGGACCGUUCCUUCGGCGCUGCGGACGGGCUUCGGAUCGGCCCUGUAUUUCACCUCUCUCAGCUCUCUGCGCCAGAUCCUUGCCAAUAACGCCGCACGGGCGACGGGCGAUGGAGCGUCCGUCCACAGGAAGAGCAGCUCGGUGCUGCCAAAGCUUUCAAACUUUCAGAAUCUCAUAACGGGCGCGACCGCGAGGGUGUUUGCUGGGCUCAUCAUCAUGCCGGUGACGGUCAUCAAGGUGCGCUACGAAUCAGACAUGUAUUCAUACAAGUCUCUGGCCUCUGCAACGAGAUCGAUCUUUGCGCAGGAAGGCAUCAAGGGCUUCUUCUCCGGCUUCGGCGCCACAGCCAUCCGUGACGCGCCGUAUGCAGGUCUGUACGUGCUCUUCUACGAGGCAAGCAAGACGCAUCUGAGUAAGGUUUUUCCGUCCAUGGCCGGGAGCCAAGGACCGACGCGUCCUUCGGCAUCGACAUCGGCGUCGAUCAACGCUUCCAGCGGCGUGAUUGCAGCGGGACUGGCGACGAGCAUCACCAAUCCGUUCGACGCCGUGAAAACCAGGUUGCAGUUGAUGCCGCACAAGUACGGGAAUACGUGGAAAGCAGCGCGGCUGAUGUUCCAGGAGGAUGGAAUCAAGAGCUUCUUCGAUGGACUCGCAUUGAGAAUGGGAAGGAAGGCGAUGAGCUCGGCGCUCGCGUGGACGGUGUAUGAGGAGCUUAUCGGGCGAGCAGAGCGCUUUGUCUCGAGGCACGAUGAGGAGAGGGUAGUGGAGUAUGUCGACGACGACGACAGCCACAAUUAUCGAGAGGCAUUGGCACCUCCGCCACUCACCUCCGCCGCUAUCUCAUAUCUGAAGGUCGUACCACCACACCACCACAACCCUCAACGAGCAAGCCCUCUGCCGCAGACUCGAGCUCAUCCUCCUCUCCUCCUCCUUCUCCUCCUCCUCCUCCUCCUCCUCCUCCUCCUCCCCCGCUCCACCUAUCCCUUCUACCUAGAAACGGGCUACUCGAUCUUCGCCAAACGGCCCUCCCGCCCGUUCCCCCCUCCCUUCGUCUCGCUGCCCUCCGGCUCCUUCUCAGACCCUCUCACCACCCACAAUCCGUCCUCCGUGUCGCGUGGCGUCCGCCGCCCGACCGUCAACGGGGAACUCGUUCGUGGCAUCACCAACGGCGAUGACGCGAUCAUCAUCUCCGCAGCUCGCAACUUCGUCGCCGUCAACGACGGCGUGGGUGCCUGGGCGCAGAAAGAGAGGGGCCACGCGGCUCUGUGGAGUCGACUGAUCGCGCAUUUCUGGGACGUCGAGGUCGAGAAGUCCCUCGCGGGGCCGGAGGGGAAGGACUCGGUGGAAUUGGGGAACGUCGACCCCGUCCAGGCCCUGCAGGAUGCCUACGACGCGACCAAGAAAGUCACAAAGGGCACGUUGAACAAGGAUCGCGACGACGAAGUCUACUCGGAGGCCGACGAGGGGGACCGCCGGCGAGAAGACCAGGAAGAUUCUUCUUCCUCCGCUUCUCAAGAAAGCAAGGACGCAAAAGAUUCGACGAAGAAUGACAUUCUGGGAACGACCACGGCCUCUUCGGUGCUCCUCUACUAUAAGCCGCCCUCCGGAUCACAGACCGAACCCACCCCCGUAAUCUUCGCCACAACCCUCGGCGACUGCAAAAUCCUCCUCAUCCGGCCCUCUCCACCCGCCCCAUCGUCGUCCUCUGAAACAGAAAGCAAAGACGGCGCUGGUGGGAGUGACCGCAUCCUCUACCGCUCCAAAGAACAAUGGCAUUGGUUCGACUGUCCCCGCCAGCUGGGCACCAACUCGCCGGACACGCCGCUCCAAAACGCCGUCUGUGACAUCCUCGACAACGUCCAGGUGGGUGACGUGGUCGCCGUGCUGAGUGACGGCGUCACCGAUAACCUGUGGGAACACGAGAUUUGCGACAACAUAUGCGAGAGCAUGGGUCGCUGGAACGGGUGGGCCGAUCAGUCGCAGGCUGCCGAGAACCACAGGGAGGAGCAGGAGCGUGAGGAGGCCAAGAAAGACGGCGUCAUCUAUGUCGCGCGACGGUUGAUGAACGCCGCCCGGGAGAUCGCCAUGGAUCCCAACGCCGAGUCGCCGUACAUGGAGAGGGCAUUCGACGAGGGUAUAGCGGCCGAAGGGGGCAAGCUGGACGACAUCUCGGUUGUCCUUGGGGUGGUGCGGAAGACAGAGUGA